CAAAGAUAAACUCCUUCAUCUGUUUGUUCAAAACAUCGACACUCCAGUGUCUUCUAUCAUUCCCCCUCUUUGCUAUAGUAUACUUCGCCCCGGACCAGACAUCAAACGCCAAAAAGCCUUGUUGAGCCGGUAGUGGCUCGGCCUAGUAGCGGUAUAAACAACGGCACUAACCAGCAUGGAAUCCACGGCAGAUCUUGGCUGCUACAUCGAAGAUUGUCAUUUUCAGGGAUCUUAUUCGAUCCACCAACAAAUAUUCGAUCAAGGGAUUACGCAUAGUCGACCUCAACUUCAGCGAAAUCGCAGAAACCGCAUUCUCUUGUAUCCUGGGUCGUUCAAUCCUCCACACCAAGCACACCAGGAACUACUCUACCAGGCCUUUUCCAGAAGCCAAGAUCUCAACGUGAUUGCUGCCAUUGUGAUCCUCUUAGACGAUGAGGAUGUAGCACAGAAGUGCCAAGGUAGCCGUGUUUUCACCAAGGAUCAGAGGGUGCGUUUAUGGCGAGGAGAAUAUGUUCCGCAUGACUGGCUUUGGGUAUAUGAUCGCAGCGUAGAGGAAUGGGGUUAUUUUCGACAGCGUCUUACCCUCGCAAUUUGUCGGGACGGAUUCGACAUAGGAUUUACAGUUCUGCUCGGCCCAGACCAUAUACGGCGUACUUUUCCCCCUCAUUGGGGCGCUUGGGAUUGUGAUGAGAUACUUGUUGGGAAUGCGGGACGAGUUGCUGACUUUACCUCUUCGCACGGAAGAUUGCUCCGGAUAGAGGACUGUGAAGACUGGGAAGCCGUUGUCGAAAAUGAGGACCAAAUGCACCAGCGAGCUUUGCGCACGGUCGCGUGGUGUCCAACCAGUUUAAAUAUGCUUGGGGAAAAAGCGAUGAGCUGCGCUCAACAGGAAGAUCCGUCUAUGUUCGGAAGACUCUUGAAAGAGUGUCUCCUAGAAUACUUCGAACAAUUAGAGGGCGUGAAAGUGUGUCAUCGCAAGCAGACGCCGAAGCAAUGGAUCCGUUUUAUUCCUACCACGGGGGACCCGAUGCAUAUCAGCUCGACCAGAAUUCGGCAUUUGUUAGCCACUUGCCCGAGGGAGAAGCUCUACAAAAACCUCCGAUCCCUGGCACUCCAUCCAGAGAUGCUGCGUUGCAUCUUUCCUGAAUUCGCGAAUAUCGAUUCUAUGAAGUUAUGGACAAACCGUGUGAAGGAUCUUCGUUCGAUAUGGUCCUUCAAGCAUACAACAACCCAAUCCAAGACACGAAUAGCCUAUGAGAUAGGCAGAGUAUGCUUCAAUGGUUGGAAUGUUCCUGAGGUGGCGUUGCUGCUGUUGUCAUUCAAAAACCGCACUUCGGGCCACAACAACAACAACAGAAGUGCAAGAUCGUCGAAUGAGAUUUGACGAACUCGGGCCAACCGAGGUCCAGCGAUAUAUGGAGAUCGCCAGAACAAUGAUGCUGAAGGAACAAGGCGAUAGAGGUGCUUGAGGCUGGCUGGCAUCCAUUGAUACAUCGCUCUUGGAAAUAGUCUUUGAAUGUACCUGAAUGCAAUAUGUUUAGCCAGUUGCGCACGCUCCUUACGGUCCUUACGGAACAAACUUUUGAUUCCUUAGAAGUUGGUCAUAUUUAACCGCACUCAUGCUGGUGAUGUCUCAGGCUUCCUUCAUUCUCCCUCUUCAACAAUGGCUUGGCUUGGGAAUUGCCGCUCCGUGGCGCGAAAAUAUCCUGCGCAAGGCUGGGCAGUCGAGUCACGUGUCGUACGCUAUU